AUGGAAUAUCUCAACAUCAAGAUGUUAAAUGAAAAUUUGAAAUUAGCGGAGUUAAGGCAUGUUGUUUGCCUCUUCAGUCUUCGCAUAGAAAACGAAUUUGCUGCGCUCCAUUCCACCGAACAGCAGUACAAAAAGUGUAGCAGAUUCGAAGAGAGAAUCCAAACCCUAGCUAACUUUCUAUCAUUCAUUCAUCCGAUCAUUAUCAGAAACAGGUAG